GCGAAAAAUAAAAUAUACUUAUUUACCGAAAAAAGAAAAGAAAUUUAACCAACAAUCUAACAGGGAAAUAGCCACUAAACGAGGAAAUGUCUGGAUCCGGUAGUGGCCACGAUCAGUCGACUGAUAUAUUUUCAGCCGAGGGCCGCGUCUUUCAGGUGGAAUAUGCCUGCAAAGCGGUGGAUAACGGCAGCACGGCGGUGGCGGCAUGUUGUACGGAUGGAGUGGUGCUCGCGGUAGAAAAAAUUCACUCUAGCCGCAUGCUUGAGAAAGGAUCGAAUAACCGCAUCCACACGAUUGAUCGUCAUUGUGGUGUGUGUAUCUGCGGAAUGCUUCCAGACGGCCGAGCGAUUAUCUCCCGCGCGCGCGAGGAGGCCGAAAACAGCCGUCAGGUCUUUGAUUCCCCUAUUUUGGGAUCGGUACUGGCUAAACACAUUGGUAGUUUUAUGCAUGCCUACACCACCCAUUACUACUAUCGUCCGUUCGGGUGUUCGGCGAUUAUCGCGUCGUACACGGACGACGGGCCGCAGUUAUACGUGAGCGAUCCAAGCGGUACGGUUGCUGGGUACUACGGGAUUGCACUCGGCAAAGCCAAAACAAUCGCCAAGACCGAGCUCGAAAAGCUGAAUUAUUCAACCUUAACCUGCCAGGAGGCGGUUGAGAAGCUCACAAAAAUUCUUCACGAUGUGCAUGAUGCCCAAAACGAUAAGGUAUACGAAAUAGAGGUGGCAUGGGUAUGUGAUAAGUCAAAUCGCAAAUUUGAGCACGUAUCUUCGGAUUUGAUUCCACAGCUGCCUGGGCAGUAA